GGACCAACCUGGCUUUUGUUACCUUUGUAUUCAGUACUUUUAAAAUAAAACAAAAUCAAAAGAAGUGAUUGGAUGCAGCCCUGCCCCAUUACAGGCACUCUCUAAAGGUGAAUUUCAUGCCCUCGCACACUGGGAAUAUAUUUUGUGGCAGCUGGAGAAGCCUUCCCUUGAGCUUGGAAGCCCUGCAGGUUUCACAAUGUUUGGCUCCCAUAGACUGUUCCUUUUGAUAGCAACUUCCCUACUUGUGGCUCACGCCCUCAGCUCAGACACUCCAAAUCCUUCAAAAGGCAGAAAAAAAGGUCACUUGAAAGGAAAAAAUACUCACGGAACUGCUCAGGACAGAGCAAAGGGCAAAGCUUCCCCUGAUCCAGUGUUAGGAGGAAACUCCUUUGCUCCAUCACAGUUAUAUAGUUUGGUGGAGGAUUAUGAGCAGAGCCUCAUGGAAAUGGUGAGCCAGCUGAGGAACAACUCUGAUGUAUCUGCAAAUCGUUGCGAAGUCAGUCUGAGACUUUGGCUUUCUAACAGGAGAAGCCUUUCCCCCUGGGCCUACAGUAUAAAUCACGAUGAAAAUCGCAUUCCAAUUGAUAUUCCAGAAGCACGGUGCCUAUGCACAGGCUGUGUUAACCCUUUCACCAUGAAGGAGGAUUUCAGUAUGACGAGUAUACCCAUCUACAGCAAGAUCCCUGUGCGGAGGCGACUGUGCGAGGGUAGCAGCUCUCCAAUCAGGGCGCGGAGAAGGAAGAAGUGCCACAAAGAGUACAUGGCUGUCAUGGAGAACAUAGCUGUGGGCUGCACCUGUAUAUUCUAAGAGCUUCUCUCUCUCUUUUGAAUUUGCACUACAGUUCUUUAUACCAGAAUUACACAGCACCCACAUUCCUACAAUAGACUUGAUGCCACUGGCACAGUCCAGCACAUACACACAACAUAAACCAGGAAAGCACAGCUUUGGCUUUCAUCAGGCAUGUGCCAAUGCACAGAGUAACUUUUUUCUCUAAAACAUGCCUGGUGAUGUACCAAGAGCGUGCCAGGCCCCCCAGCAAAACAAAUCUUCAGAGGGGCCAAGCGCACGCAGGUACCUAGCUGCCACUACCCUCCCCACUUGCUCUAACAUACAGCCGUACCCUGUGCAGUGGGUGCGCAUAAAUCUGGCCAGACCCAGUGGUCUGUGCCCCCGUCUGCUUCCUCUACAGUUACACCACUUAAUGUGUCCCUUAGCCAUGUUUUAUACACAGAGGCACCUGUGCAGCAGGCCACAAGCUGCUUUGUCUGCUUAGAGCUACUUUUGUGUUUUUGUUUCUUUCAUCCAGCAAAAGUUUAGGUUUGUAAUGUAACAGAUGUUUGUGUUAGCAAAGCCUCCCACUGGCAUCAAGCCUGUUAUAUAUGAUUCACCUUCAUCCAAAAUAAAGUCUUAAUUCAAUAAAACCAAGUUACAAGUGAAAA